UUGUGCAUAAUGCAGGAUAAAUAUCUCCAGAAGUUGCACUUUUCCAAAAGUGGGAUCCCUUUGCCCGAGUUUAGGGAGAUACAUAAUUUUGAAAGUGCUAAGAGGGCUGGAGAGUUGUAUGGUUAUCCAUUGAUGAUCAAAAGCAAAAGGCUUGCCUAUGAUGGGCGUGGCAAUGCUGUUGCUAAGUCUGACGAAGAUAUUCCUUCAGCAGUCACUGCUCUUGGGGGAUAUGAGCGAGGUUUAUAUGUUGAGAAAUGGGAUCCAUUUGUAAAGCUACAUUCAUCUGAGACAGACCUAGUCCUUAUUGUCUAUCAGAACUGUAAGUUCAAAUUUGAAAUCGAUGACCACAGUUUCCCUUGUUUCCAAGCCGAGGAUCGUGGUGUUCAGUUUUUCUGGAAAUUUAAAUUAUUCUGUGAGAUGUUUUAG